UUUUACUCAUGUCAGGUAACAAAAAUAAAACAAAAUUGAGUUUAUCAAUUAAGAAAAAGUUCCAUAAAAAAAACAUGCCAAGAGAUCCUUUAAUUGUUUCUGGAGUUGUUGGAGAUGUUGUGGAUCCAUUCACUAGGUGUGUGGAUUUUGGUGUUGUUUACAACAAUAGGGUUGUGGUCUACAAUGGAUGUGCCUUGAGGCCUUCACAAGUUGUCAAUCAACCUAGGGUUGAAAUUGGUGGCGACGAUCUUCGCACUUUUUACACGCUGGUUAUGGUAGACCCUGAUGCUCCAAACCCUAGCAACCCAAACCUAAGGGAGUAUCUACACUGGUUGGUCACAGAUAUCCCCGCAACUACAGGAGCAAACUUUGGCAAUGAAGUUGUAAGCUACGAGAGCCCACGUCCAUCAAUGGGAAUCCAUCGCUAUAUCUUCGUGUUGUAUCGACAAUUGGGCCGCGAGGCGAUCAAUGCGCCAGACAUAAUUGAUUCACGCCAGAAUUUUAACACCAGAGAUUUUGCUAGGUUUCAUAAUCUUGGUGUUCCUGUUGCUGCUGUUUACUUCAAUUGCAAUAGGGAAGGUGGUACUGGUGGUCGUCGUCUAUAAAUUCUACUACUAUUACUACUAUUAUACAUAUAAUAUACAUAUAGUAUACAUAUAUAUGUGCAUAUAGUAUGCAUACUAUAGUAUACUAUAUAUACACUGUUGCUCUUAUAGUGCCUUUUUUGAGGAUUCGCCACGGUACAACAAUAAUUUUGGAGAGUCCGAGAAAAUUAGUGUAUAUGUAUAUUUACUAAAGGCUUAAUAUAUACAUAGCCAACUCUUUAUAUCAUGUCAGGAUAUUUCAUUUAGUCAUUCGGACUAGAUUUUGUUUCAAUUGAGCACAUAAGCUGCUAAUAAAGUGUUUCAAUUAGA